CGGGAAUGAUGUUGGCAGCCCCCCGUCGUUGACAUCUUCUUCUUCUUCUUCUUCCGGUAGCCAAUGUGCAGAGAAAGACUUCCAGAGUCUCCAAUGGUUGGUUUUCAUGUUUGGAAUAAAAAAAGUCAAUCUUGCCCACUGUCAUCCAUUUCUUAUUAGUCCUCUCUCCGUCAACAUUCAUUCCUCGUCUUCUUUAAUUAACAACACCCUCCUCUUUUCAAUCGCACUAUUUCUCAAUUCCAAUUCCAAUUAUUCAUCAUCAUCAUCAUCAUCUGUUCUUUGAUUUCAAAUUAAAUUAAAGCCCUGUUCACAAUUCAGACCUUCCUCUUAUUGUGGUUCAAAUGGCUCAUCAAUACGGUCAUUAUUCUGAUUCAUUUUCCGGUGGCUCGUUUCACGGCCAGGGGGUUGAGCAUCUUCCAUUUAAAACAUCAACAGGUUCUUUACGGGUUCUGUUAUUGCAUGGUAAUUUAGAAAUCUGGGUCAAAGAAGCCAAGAACCUUCCAAAUCUAGAUAUGUUUCACAAGAAAUUAGACAACGUCUUUGGAUCUUUCGGAAUAGUACCAGGAAGCAUGGCUAAGAUAACAAGCGAUCCAUACGUCACCAUCUCCGUUUCCACCGCCGUAAUAGGUCGUACCUACGUAAUCCAGAACAACGAAAACCCAACCUGGAAUCAAUAUUUCAACGUCCCCGUCGCACAUUACGCCGCCGAGGUUCACUUCGUCGUCAAGGAUGACGACGUCGUCGGUUCUCAGAUCAUGGGCGCGGUCGCGAUUCCGGUCGAACAAAUCUACUCCGGCAUCAAAGUUGAAGGAACCUACCCUAUUAUCAACGCAAACGGAAAGCCCUGUAAACAAGGUGCUGUUUUGAGCCUUUCGAUUCAGUAUAUUCCCGUUGAACAAGUCCCGUUCUAUCGCGGCGGCGUUGGCGGCGGCCCGGAAUAUCAUGGUGUGCCGGAUACUUAUUUCCCGUUGAGACGAGGUGGAAAGAUUAGACUUUAUCAAGAUGCUCAUGUCUACGAUGGUUCACUACCAAAAUUGAAUCUGGAAAAUGGCAUUGAAUACGAACAUGGGCAAUGUUGGACUGACAUAUACGAUUCAAUUAGCCAAGCACGUAGGUUGAUCUAUAUUACAGGCUGGUCCAUUUUCCACAACGUUAAACCAGUACGAGGUAACGACGAAGGCGACAAUAAGAGAAGAGAUUUAACAUUAGGAGAUCUUCUCAAGUAUAAAUCGCAGGAGGGUGUACGAGUUCUUCUUCUUGUUUGGGAUGAUCCAACUUCUAGAAGCAUUUUGGGCAUCAAAACGGAAGGGAUAAUGAAAACCAAUGACGAGGAAACUAGAAGGUUUUUCAAACAUUCAUCAGUACAAGUCUUGCCUAGUCCCAGAUCUGCAGGAAAAGGACAUAGCUUUGUGAAGAAACAGGAAGUUGGGACAAUCUAUACCCAUCAUCAAAAGACUGUAAUUGUGGACGAAGAUUCAGGUUUCUACAAUAAGAGAAAGAUAAUCGCGUAUGUGGGUGGACUUGAUUUGUGCUUAGGACGGUAUGAUACACCGUCUCAUCCCAUUUUAAGAUCAUUGCAAACCGUACACAAGGACGAUUACCAUAAUCCAAAUUUCACGGGACCAUCAGAUGGCUGUCCACGCGAGCCAUGGCACGAUCUACACAGUAAAAUCGACGGACCAGCAGCUUACGAUGUUCUCACCAACUUCGAAGAACGGUGGUUGAGGACUUCGAAAGUCCACCGAAUUUCAAAGAUGUCGGGUGGUAGCGAUGCAUUACUGAAGAUUGAGAAUAUUCCAGACAUAAUUGGGAUGAAUGAUUUGCCAUGUCUAAGGGAGGAAUAUGAUCCUCUAGCUUUUCAUGUACAAAUAUUUCGUUCUAUUGACUCAACUUCUGUCAAAGGCUUUCCAAAAGAUCCUCAAGAAGCCUCUAGGAAGAAUUUAGCUUGUGGUAAGAAUAUAUUAAUAGAUAUGAGUAUACAUUCUGCAUACGUUAAGGCGAUUCGAGCUGCCCAACAUUUUAUUUACAUCGAGAAUCAAUAUUUCCUUGGAUCGUCGUAUAAUUGGGAAAACCACAAGGACUUGGGCGCCAACAAUCUAAUACCAAUGGAAAUUGCAUUAAAGAUCGCCGAUAAGAUCAGAGCUCGCCAAAGAUUCGCAGCUUAUAUCGUCAUUCCAAUGUAUCCAGAGGGCGGUUCUACUGCUUCCCCCACUCAAAGAAUUCUCUAUUGGCAGCAUAAGACAAUGCAAAUGAUGUAUGAUGUAAUUUACAAGGCUUUGCAAGAAGUAGGGCUUGAUAAUGAAUUCGAGCCGCAGGAUUAUCUGAGUUUUUUCUGCCUUGGGAAUCGCGAAACUCAAGAAUUAGAGACAACAACAACAAAAUCAACUGUACUGAAAAACAGUCCUCAAUUUAUGGCACGAAAGAACAGACGGUUUAUGAUCUACGUGCACUCGAAAGGAAUGAUAGUUGACGACGAGUAUGUGAUAGUGGGAUCAGCAAACAUAAACCAGCGUUCAUUGGAUGGAACAAGGGAUACUGAAAUUGCAAUGGGGGCGUAUCAACCCGAGUUCACUUGGGGAAGGAAGAACCAGUCGAAACCAUUUGGAGAGAUUUACGGUUACAGAAUGUCGUUAUGGGCAGAGCACACGGGUGUUGUGGAGAACUGUUUUUUGCAUCCCGAGAGCAUUGAAUGUGUAAGACGGGUUAGGGAUAUGGGUGAGCAUAAUUGGAGGUUGUACUCCGGGGAUGAGUUAACUGAAAUGACCGGUCACUUGCUUAAGUAUCCGGUUCAAGUUGACUGGACCGGGAAGGUGACGUCCAUUCAGGGAUGUGAAACGUUUCCAGAUGUGGGUGGGAAUAUUUUGGGAACUUUCAUUCCCAUUCAAGAAAAUCUUACUCUUUGAUAUUUGUUGUUGUUCUUGUUCUUGUUCUUACACAAACAGUUAAUAAUAAUUAUUAUCCAAAAUUCUUAUUAAAGUAAUAUGAGGGAUCAAAUUAAUGAAUUGAACUUAUACAGUAA